UCUUUGCAGCUCACGUGUCCUUUCUCUCCUUUGCCUCCCCCCUCCCCAACUCUCCCCAUCUCUCUCCCUCACAUCAUGUUAGACUCUUGUAUCCAUCACUGCAGAGCCAGGAUGGAGAUAUUUCCGUAUCCUUCCUGCCCGUUCCUGGCUCUUCACUGGUUUUGAUUUUGCCUCUGCAAAACAUUCUCGUCUCUCUUUCCUCUCCGCUCCUCUUCUGACCACCUUCCUCCCCUCAGCAACAAUUCCGAGGAGAAAAAGAAGAAGGAAGGAAGAGAGGCAAGGACCAGGGAGCAUCCCAGACUUUCAAUGCAAAGCAAAAGAAAAAGAAGAAAGGGCACUGAGACCUGUCUUCCUCGCAUGCUGUACCAAUUGGUGCCAGCCCUGAUUCCGAUUAUGAAGGCAUUAUGAGCCGCCCGCUACAGAACUGGGUGUUGUUGACAGCCUUCCUCUCUCUGCUGCUUUGUCAUUCAGGUUUUGUAAAAGCGGAUACGCAACCUGGCGAUUUGCAGAGGCGGGUCCCGAAUGCCGGCUGGCGCAAAAGAUGGGGUGUUUCGGAAAUCACCCACCCCACCAGGCUAGUGGGACAGAGUUCUGGGGGAGAGGUCCAAAACCAUCAGCUGGACACCAGGGUCAGAAAAGAGCCUGGCAGCAGCGGAGGAGCCGGAGGUGGCGGAAAAGGAGAAAGCCCUGUUAUACACCUGGCCCAGGUGAGUUUCCUUGUCCAUGCCUUUGGCUCAGCCUUCACCUUGGACCUUGAGUUGAACCACCACCUGCUGUCUUCACAUUACGUGGAACGCCAUUUCGGGGAAGAUGGAAACGGCAGCCACACCACGGGAGCCGGAGAGCACUGUUACUAUCAAGGCGGUCUCCGUGGGGAAGCAAACUCUUUUGCGGCUCUGUCCACCUGCCACGGCCUCCACGGCGUUUUCUCCGACGGAAAGGCCACGUACCUUUUGGAGCCUCACAAUUCACCUGAGCACCAAGAGGGUCCACUCCCUCAUCUGAUCUACAAGACACCUGUACCUCGCACUGCUCAGGGUUGCACGGAACCAGGGUGUUUAUUUGCUGAACUGAACUACUACAUUCCAUCUGGGCUCCCUAAAUUGCGACGCCGGCGGCAGGUUCACCGAAGUCACCGGACUGUCCACAGCGAGACCAAAUUCAUUGAACUCAUUGUAGUUAAUGACCACCAGCUGUUUGAGCAGCUGCGUCGCUCCGUACUCCUUACCAGCAACUUUGCGAAGUCUGUGGUGAACCUUGCUGAUGUGAUCUAUAAGGAGCAGUUGAACACAAGGAUUGUGUUGGUUGCCAUGGAGACAUGGGCAUCAGGGGACAAGAUCCAGGUAGAUGAAGAUUCCCUGGAGACACUGAGCGAAUUCAUGAAGUACCGCCAAGAUGCUCUUUCUGAGAACAGUGAUGCUGUACAUCUCUUCUCCGGACACACUUUCAGAAGCAGCCGCAGUGGUACGGCAUACGUCGGAGGGAUUUGCUCAGUCACUCGAGGUGGAGGUGUCAACGAGUAUGGCAACGUGGGAGCAAUGGCUGUAACGUUAGCACAGACCCUGGGGCAAAACAUUGGAAUGAUGUGGAACAAGCACCGUACCUCUGCAGGCGACUGUCGCUGUCCCGACUCAUGGCUGGGCUGUAUUAUGGAGGACACUGGAUUCUACCUGCCACGGAAGUUCUCACGCUGCAGCAUUGAUGAGUACAAUAAAUUCCUGGCUGAUGGUGGGGGGAGCUGUCUCUUUAACAAGCCACUGAAGCUCCUUGAUCCCCCUGAAUGUGGUAAUGGAUUUGUAGAGGCAGGAGAAGAAUGUGACUGUGGGUCUCUGGCGGAGUGCUCCAAAGGUGGGGGGAACUGCUGCAAGAAAUGCACAUUGACGCACGAUGCUAUGUGCAGUGAUGGCUUGUGCUGCCGAGGGUGCAAGUAUGAGCCACGGGGUAUAACCUGCCGAGAUCCCGUGAAUGAGUGUGACAUCCCUGAAACCUGCACAGGUGACUCCAGUCAGUGCCCACCCAAUUUGCACAAGCAGGAUGGCUAUUUUUGUGACAAUGAACAGGGCCGGUGCUACGGAGGGCGUUGUAAAACCAGGGACCGCCAGUGCAGUGCAUUGUGGGAUCGUGCUUCAGCUGAAAGGUUUUGCUAUGAGAAGCUGAAUGUUGAAGGCACUGAGCGAGGGAACUGCGGGCGCGAGGGGAACCGCUGGGUGCCCUGCAUCAAGCAAGACGUGUUGUGUGGAUACCUCCUCUGCGCCAACGUGACAGGUUCUCCGCGUAUGGGCGAACUUCUUGGUGAGAUCACCACCAUGACUUUCUAUCACCAGAAGCGUUACGUUGACUGCAGGGGCGGCCAUGUGCAGCUUGUGGAUGGCACGGAUGUGAGCUACGUGGAAGACGGGACGCCCUGUGGACCCAGCAUGCUGUGUCUUGACCACAAAUGCCUUCCUGUAUCCGCCUUUAACUUCAGCACCUGUCCAGGCAGCUGGGGUGGCCAGAUCUGCUUUGACCACGGGGUCUGCAGCAAUGAGGGCCAAUGCAUCUGCUAUCCUGAUUGGACAGGAAAGGACUGCAGUGUCUAUGACCCCAUCCCAGAUCCAAAGCCCACAGGGGAGACAGAAAAGUACAAGGGUCCCAGCGGAACCAACAUCAUCAUUGGCUCCAUCGCUGGAGCAAUCUUGGUGGCGGCUAUCGUUCUGGGCGGCACCGGAUGGGGAUUUAAGAACAUUCGCAGAGGAAGGUCGGGAGGGGCUUAGCCCCAGCUCAUAACCCUGAUCUUUGUGCUGCUGCUCUGGGUCUGUAUACUCACCAUAGGGUGGGGAGGAAGGUAAAAACGCCCUCCUUUCCUCUUCCUGGUCAGCAGAUAACCAACAUCCCAAGCCACCAAGUCUUCCAUUGCCUCCUGGACGGACAUGGGCAGGAGAAGCGCCCUCCUUUGGAGGGGCAACUUGCACUGCACUGCCUCGCACUGUGGGAGCAGCUCCCCACGGAUGACCCUUGCCGAGGGCACCAUGUCACGACUUCUCGCGACCUUUCCUGGGGGAAAGGGCCAGAAAAGGGAUGCUACUUCACAGGUCUACAAGUGUGCCUCACUUUGCUAAUCCCACCAAGGAAUGUACCAUGUUGGAUCCACCAAAAAGCCACGCAACACGGGGGCACAGCAAUGCUCCUCUCCUCAGCUAGUUCUGUGCCUGGAAGACGCACUGCUCCCUUUCCCGUGGAGUGGAAAUCGAGCAUUCGGGGUGUGUGAGGACAGUUGGGGUGUGUUUUCUUCCACACGUUUUCACAUGUAUGAAUGCCACGGUACUCCUGAUAUUCUCUGCCCCCCCUUUUUUUUUUGUUCCUGGAGAGGUGCUUCCCACAGCAACACAAAACUGCUCCUGGGUGGACUAGGAGGCUAGAUCCCUUUUUGAUCUUUUUAUUGUCCCAAGCUCACCACCAGAGGUGCCAGGUUGUCCCCAAGAUGGCGGAGUGGGGGCGUUGCCCGCAUGUGAUGUUGGAGAGAAAUAAGCCUCUACUUUUAAUUCUGUUCCACUCAACAGAAGGAGCAGGUGGGGUUCCAAAACUCAACAGGACUGGCUCACCACAUUGCCAUAAAAAGGGGGCCGCCCAUUCAGUUCAGAGCCUAAAUUUACCUAAUGGCAACACUGAAGAAAGUGGGCCUCAGCUAGCAGACAGUUGGGAAAUAGUGGGCUAAAGCAGGGUGGGGAAACUGCGGGGCCUUCAGAUGUUGUUGGACUACAGUUCACAAUCAUUGGCCAUGCUCGCUGGUGCCCAUGGGAGCUGAAGUCCAGCAAUAGCUGAGGGGGCACAGGGUCCCCAACCCUAGUAGAAAGGAAGUUACUGCAGCUGUAGAGUGUUCUCACUCAAAUGCCUCUCUCUUUAUAAACAGGGAAUGAUAUGCUGAACCUUCCCAGUUGAAAAUUACAGCCCUAUUAAGAAGAGAAUAGUAACUUGUUGAGGCUAAUAAUCCCCUACAGUUCUCUGCAAAGAUCCCUCCCUCCAACAACAGGCAGAAAAGGCUGCUAACUCCUACAACGGGUUGGGGAUAAGGCCUGGUCUUCCCUGCGGUGGUGUCUGGGUUGUACCAUGGCAGGUGGGCUCUUGCGUGAGGAUGGGCUGCUCCUGCUGCAGUUUUAAAUGUCUUCCAACAAUACUUCCCUGAUCUGAUUUGGGGAUCCAUGAAAAAGAACUGUGGGAACUCCAAAUGUGGAUCUCUCAACAGCUCAUCUAAUUUGGCCAGUCUUGGGCAGGAACUAUCUGACCUCCUAGCCAUAUGCAAGAGCACCCUCAUGCUGGUGUCUCUCAGUAGGGCCUUUUCAGAUUUCAGUAGGGGUGACGAAGAGGUAGAGGUGAGGAAGAGAGUAAGAGGGAUGAGAUUCAGCAGGAUCCAGAUCCCAACUCUUGAAUGCUUUCAAGGCUACAUUGCUAAAACCAACAAGCGUCUGUGUAAGAGUAAAUACGGGGAAGCCCAACUGGGCCUUCUACCAAAUGAGACACCUCUCCUCCUGGCUUGUACAACGGUUGACCCAGUCGGCCAUUUUCCUCAUCCGAAAAAGCAGGAUUUCUGAAUGGUACUAUAAGGGAACUGAAUGGUCAGCUGUCUUUGGAGCUGGUGGCUUGGGUGUGGCUAUAUGGAGCGAAUAUUCUUGUGGAACGAAGGCCCCCUAUGCCAUCUUGCUGCCCGGAAGCUUACAAUGGCAAGGCGUUCCUGUCAGACAUAAUUGAUGCACUCCAUCUUACCCCUGUCUUCUUGUACUCCUUCCUUAUCCUCCUUCCUUUCCUAUUUGAGCACCACAGCUUUAUGAAAUAGGAAUGCCGGGCAGUGAAACAAUAACAGGACCAAUUCUAUCCUGUCAAAUCCCUUCUUGCCCCUAACCUUUGCUGGAAACUCCUUCCCUUCUCAUUCAUGAGGUUACAGCUAGAGGAAUGAUACUGGGAUUUGUAGCUUCCUUUGUCCCCACUGAGAGGACUGGCUGUUGGCACACUAAAAUCCAAAAACAGGUAAGGUGUUCUUCUUACGGGACCAAAGGUGGUCGAUCUUAGGUGCAGGCAAGUUUUCGGGUCACAAAGAAUGUUUUGUCAGACUGUGUGAUUUGGGGGACCUGAGCAUUGUUUGGGCAUCUCUAUCUGUUCUGUUGUGAAAUGAUCUGGGCUCAGGGUUUGAGGGUUGCGCUAUUGGUGGGUGAGUGGCUCUGUGUGUGUGUGUGUGUGUGUGUGUGAGAGAGAGAGAGAGAGAGAGAGAGAGAGAGAGAGAUUAUGAAUGUGCUUCAACAUGAGUGAGUGAGUGAGUGAGUGAGUGAGUGUAAGCAAGCUGUAGCAUUUGGUGCAAUGGACAACUUGAACCCUC